CGGCAGGCUCGCGAUUUUAUCUCUUCCACUAUACAGAUGCGAGCCCUAGAAGUCUACGAUCAUGUCGUCUUCAAGCCAAAUCCAAGUCUGUACGGUACAGUCUCUCGCACGACCCACGACCCCGGACAGGAUCUCCAAGAAGAGUUGAUCAUCGCACAUGCCGAAGUGCCUGCAGAUGCCCUCAACGAGUUUGUCACAAGUGGCGUGCCACCCGCCGGCUAUGCCUUUGUCCAGUUCGCCGAUGAAGCGGCAGGCAGCUCCUUGGUGCUCGAAGAGGAUCUCGACCUUCUAAGUCGCGACUUUCAGAUCGGUGACACGGUGAAGCGAGAUGGCAGCAACAUGAUUGGGACGGUCGUAGACGUGGACGAGAAGUACACGCUCGAACAUAUUGCCAGCAACAGGAACCUCGUCCAACAAGUCCGACUUCUCUCCAUCCAAACAGAAUUUCCGGCCUGUUCACCUGCCUGCGCGUCGCAUCCUCUGCCUUUCUCUCACCCGAACCCGCACGCCCUCAUUUAUAAUGUCCCUUCCCGAGACAUCAAGAAAGCAUCGGAUGUGGUUACAGGAGAAUACAUCAUAAGUAACAACUGGGUCGGGUUAGUCGACGACGUUGAAAUCGACGUGGUGAUCGCGUUGGAAAACAAAUCAAUCGUGGUGGUGACAGACACACAUGGUUUGCAUAUUCCAGUCCCCGACUAUGGUAAACCUCUGGUUGCACUGCCCGAAUAUGAGGACUUCAAGAGACCAGACUUCGUAGUUGCUACACAGGGAUGGGCAACCACUAUUCCCGUGCAGGCACCACGUCCGGGAGAUUUUGUCAUCAUCGACCGCAGUCGACUUCGAGGUGGGAGAUGGAUCCGUGGGACAUAUGAUCCCAAAUGCGCUGCGCAUGGAGUCAUCCUUGACGUCCGGGCGCGAGACGUCUUAGUGGGAUGGGUCGCAAACAAUUUUGGAAGAGAAACAUUAUACCGUUCGGAAUCGUCUCCUCGGUCUGAAGUGCCAAUGUACGAGAACAUCAACCACUUUCGAGACCAGAGUAGCUUGGUCCUCAACAAGAAGGCGAAAAUCUAUGACUGUGGUAGGACGCCAGGCAGGAGUGUGAAUCAUGGUUGGUCUUCGGGGCCACAAGUUGGAAAUUCCUCGUAUGCAGAGUCAGAAGACACGCAGAACGUCUUUCCAGGACAGGACCUUAGUGUUGGGUGCCACGUUAGGUUUCGAGAUACCACGGCAGCGGCAGUCAAAUAUCAGGGCAGUGAAGGCAGCUCGCACGGAAAGUUCUUGAGAGCGACCUCUAGCGACUUUCCUGGCUGGGAUUUCGACGAAUUCAAAGUCGUCUCUGCACAACAAAACGCCACCGUGCUGUGGCAGGAUGGUUCAACAACAACAACCGAUUCGGCUAUGUUGAACGGCUAUGGCCUCUUCGAACCAGAAUUGCAACCUACAGAUAUUGUGGUGAAGCGAGAAGGAAUGCGGCAGAGACCCGUGGGAUCUCGAGGCGCUGGAAACACUGGUGUAACAGAUUUUGACGAGAUGGCGUUCUUCGAGCAGCCGCAUGAUCUGAUACCUCAGAUGGUAGGAGUCGUGCAGACAGUUGAUCCCAACGAGAGAGUAGCUUGCGUCCGUUGGUACAAAGAACCAAGGAUCGAGCUCCGUUCAUCAGGGCAAAUGCUCGCACAGGGGUCGCAUUACGGACCGAUCGGAAAUGUUGUGGAAGACGUAUCCUUGUACGAGAUCUUGUCGUUUCCUGCCCUAGCCCGGCGAAGAAGAGACAUGUGUGUUCUCGAAGACCCGGAAGAAUUUCGGAGACUGCGGCAGCUUUAUGAGGCAGGAGGCGAUAUCGCAGCACUCGAUGAGAGGCGAACGGCUACAGUACGAGCGGUUGCACACGGAGAAAUAGCCCCAUUUCCUCCUGGGUCUACUAGGAGAUUGGCCACGCGCCAACGAUUGCGACGCGAGGGUGAGGAAGAUCUUAACUGGACAGGUCAGGUCGUGGCCCAUGGACUGGAUGGUACAAUCGUUGUCCGGCUGGGAGCCGCCCGACAUUGUCGGGAUAUCCGAGUUGAGCGUGAUGCCAUCCUCACAUACAUCGAUGACGACGUCGAUGCGGAUUCCAUCGACGAGAACAUGCUGGACGUCGAUUUUUGGGAUAACUAUGACGAUGACUGGUCGGAUGAAGGGACUGUUGAACCGAUCUCAGAGAGCGUGGAAUAUGAAGGGGGUGAACGGCUCGACGAAGAUGCAGGUGACGAGAAUUGGGUAUCUGAGGACGACGACGAAGAGCUACAAGACGAUGAAGACGUAGAGAUGACCGACGCAAGACCUGCUUCUCCCGACAGCCAUCCUUCCACCACCCGGCUACAGACCAUUCCAGCAUGGGUGCUGUCCACCGAAGCGCCACCCCAAUUCCUCGUUCUCGAAGAAGAACCUCCUGCAGACCAGUUCGGACUCCAUUCCGUCCCGACCACUGGGACACCUUUGAAACGAAUUAUGAAGGAGCACAAUAUCCUGGCAUCAUCCUUACCUGAAGGAGAAAUCUACGUACGGACUUAUGAAAGUAGGCUUGACCUCAUGCGAUGUCUAAUUAUCGGGCCAAGAGACACUCCUUACGAAAAUGCUCCCUUUGUGAUCGACCUGUAUCUUGGUCAAGGAUUUCCCGAUCAGCCGCCGACGGCCCAUUUCCACAGCUGGACCAGCGGCUUGGGUCGGAUCAACCCCAACCUCUACGAGGAAGGCAAGAUAUGUUUGAGUCUGCUCGGAACGUGGUCUGGAAAACACGACACUGAGAAGUGGAGUGAUAGGGCUACACUUCUUCAGCUACUAGUAUCACUGCAAGGUCUAGUAUUUGUGAAGAAGCCGUUCUACAAUGAAGCCGGAUUCGAAGGGUAUGAAAACGACUCGAAGUAUACGCUAGAGGCGGAGCAAUACGGCGAAAAGGCUUUCGUCAUGGCGCGAGGGUUCAUCAAGCACGCCUUGCUGCGACCACCCAAGGGUUUGAUAGAUGUCCUGGCCUGGCUGUACUUGCCUCACGAUCUUACAAAGCUCAGCGGCAGUCUGCUAGGGACGAUUAUCAAGCGUGGCAGAGUGUUGAUUACGAAGUCUGAAGAAGCGAGAACCGAGAAGGAUGAAAGCCUGUUGGACUCGGCUGGUAACAAGGAUGAUCCGACGAGAGUGUUUCUGAGACCUUUGAGUCGUGGAGCAGGUGUAAUGUUGAAGAGGUUGCUCGAGGAUUUGCAAGUGCAGAUGGACCAGUUAGAGCUGAGGAAAGAGGGUGCGGGUGACGGUGCGGGUGAAAGCUGACCAGGUGGGAUGAGUAUUGCACGACGGAUGAUGAUGAACGAUGAUCAAUUGAUACCCCAGAGGACGGACUGGACGACGACAUCCUACGAAAAGAUAUAGAGCCCGAAUAGUAAACGCGUAUCUUUUCC